AUGAGCAUUUGCCUGGGCCCGCGAAGGAUACUCCAGGGCCACAGCCUUUUCCAAGCCCGGAGACAUGCGUUUCCUCUACCGUUGACGCCAUUCCGGCUCUCAUUUGGGGGACCUCGACUUGAAUUUCACAGCUCAGCACGCAACGAUGACCAGCAGCCGAGCGCUCUACCAAACCGCAAACCAUGUCCUGUUCCACCAGGACUACGCAAAGAUCCGACCGAAUGGAUAAAACAUUUAGAAAAGUUUAUUCCCCAGCGGAAUCUAGAUAAGAGCUCUACCACGGCCGGGACGAUGGAACAGAAGAGUGAACAAAAAGAAUGUGAAGCGAUAUUGGAGCUUUUAUAUCAAGCGAGGGAACAACUUGGCUUUGACCUUCUUACUAUCCUUGGGUUUAAAUUGGACAGAUGGCAGGACUUCCAUGCUAUAGUCAACAAGCUCUUAAAUUUCACAAACGAGAACCGACCCCGAGCGCGGCGAGAGCAACUACCGUCAAAUAUCCGCUGGGCUAGCUUGGGCUCGUUUGAUGACUUGUCUAGUGAUACGCUGAGAUCCAUUGAGCCUAGUGACAUAAAGUACGGUGACGAUGAUAUCCAUGCUUCAUCGUUUAACACCUAUCUGGAAGGAUCAAAUCUGCACAACCAACUGAGGAACCCGGACAGAAGACCCGAGGUGAUGAGUGAACUCUGGCAGAGUUUGGGUAUCUUCAUCCUUGAGGCAGCAGAUCUACCCACAGAGGAGGGUUUUUUAGUUAUGUCACAUUUUUACCGUGUGGUUGCCCACCUUCAUCAUCUUGAUAUGAUACCACCCCAAGUAUACAAAUAUGUGCCUAAACGCGACCCAGCCCUGCCAAAUCGGCCACCCGGAAUGUAUCUCCUCUCAUAUCCCAUAAUGAGCGUAUUAUCAGACGCCGCAUGGGAGGCAGCUGCCACACAGGAUGCCAUUGAUGGAGCCGAGCCAGGUACAACACCCUAUAUACCGCCCCUAACAUACAAGUCAAAGCAGCUUGGUUUCGGCAUCUGGCUCGAGUUUGUUCUCUGGUGCUGUGUUGAAGAAGGCUGUGCGGUAGGAGCCACCUGGAUACUUCAGAUGUCGCGCAAUCGUUCAAAAACAUGGAGUAUAAAGAGUUGGGCCGCACUUUGUCAAACCAAUGGGUCAAUUGACCCUCUGAAAAUGAGUCAUUAUGAUACUUGGGCAGAAUGUGGAGAAUUGUCGAAUGAACGCUCUGCUGGCCGAUCGCAUCGUCCAUUUCUCGGGAUGGGGGAACGGACGAUUACCAAGGAAGUCGUUAUUUCCAUAAUGGAUGGACUAAUAAACUCCCUCGAGGUAGAGACUGGCACUCAAGGAGACUCAUUCCGGUUUGUUUGGGUGCGAUUAGGCCUGCUACGGGCGCUCUUAGGCAGGAACAAAUUGUCCCUUUCCCAAGAAGAUCUCACCUAUUUGAUUGUUCGCAUUCUUGAGACGGAAGCCAUUAUACCAGAAAUAAAACCUCAAUCUCUUGAACUUCUGCUCAACCAAGCCUCAUACAUCCAUCCCCAAGAACAGUUGGCUCAUUCUUCUAGUCCUGGGCUUGAAAAUGCACACCAGCAAGAGUAUCAUCCGGCGAACUCUCUGGUAGUAUUAGGGCUAUAUCAGUAUGCUUUGAAUAUAUAUGCAUCGAGUGGCAAUAUUUCCGGCACCAUUGAUGUCUUUGAAAGAUUGCUAGGAGAUGUUGAUCCGAAGAAAGUUGCUGAAGUUCGUGAUUCUGUUCUAGACCCCAAAUAUUGCAUCAUGGCACACCGGGUUCGUCAAACAGUACACAGUCACUUUCGAAAUUCAAAGUCUGCUAGUCAAUCUCAGAAUUUCGAACUGCCACCGGUAUCUUGGGCAUUACUUCUGGAUACUCUGACCUCUUCUCGUUUGUAUCGACUUGCGGACUGGGUAACAGAUUCAUGCGCGGAAGCCUUGAAAAUGUCCACAUCCCGGACUCGUGAAGGCGCUCUUAUUACAGAUUCUUUAAUCCGGCUUGCAACUGCGACAAAAAACCAUCAACUAUAUUCUAAUGCUAUCAAGAGACUUAGAUUUCCCCUUGAGCGUCAGACAUUGAUUUUAAUGUUAAAUUGGAGAAUUGGAGAGUGUAACUGGACAGGCGCUGUUGAGCUGCUCCAUUAUCUUCGAGAUGCAAAACUUUCGCAGUGGGAUGUUGAAAAUAUAACAUCUCUUGGGGCAAUGAUAAUUCGAUUAGAAAAUUGGCAAUCCAGUACAGAUCAAUCCGAGCUUGAUCCCACUCUUGCCAAAAGUCAAGCUGAAACUCUAGGAUUAGCGAAUACUCUUCUGGUUGACUCCUUGAAUGGAAAAUUCAACCAGCACUAUAGCUAUGCCAACGGUCUACGUGUACCUGAAGCAACGCUGAAUCGAUUAUAUCGUGUCUUCAGCUCCAUUCCCGGCAGCCUGUCUAGAGUCUGCCACGAGGUACAACUGCAAUGGAGUCGUCCGUUUGAACCUGAUUACUACAUCCCUUCUUACGCAUUCAAUCAGCUUCUCGUUGCCGUGGUUGAUACACAAGGCUCGCUUGCCGGAAAGCGACUAUGGGACAAAGUUUGCAUUGAUCCAUUAUUGAUGGUUAAUCCAACUCGCAAUCGCAAGCAACAAACGAUUAAGACCAGGCUCCCCUUCAACUCAAGAUCUAUCUAUCCCAAGAAGACUCCCCUAGUCUCGCCAGAUCUUACCACGGUCCGGAUUAUUGCGAAUGCAGCACUUGAAGAGCAAAAGAGCCUUCAGCAGCGUGGCCAUUACCCUAUUUAUUCCGCUACCGAACCACUGACCUCUGAAAAGUAUACUGCUGAAAGUGUUGGCAGCGUUCUAGCUUGGAGUGCUAGAGCGUAUGAGCGCCUUGGUCUUAGCCCUCGAGAGAUCAAUAGGGAACUUGAUGGAUAUCCGACACAAAAAGCAACCCGUCCAACGGAUGUACCACCGUCGGCUCUUGUCUGA